AGGACCACCUCCAAGCCUCUGCUUAAAGGGGCGGCUGGCCUUGGGCUGCAGUCAAGCUGCCUUUGCACCAUGACACGCCAGCUGCUUCCCUUGCUGCUGCUGCUCCUGGCUGGCCCCCCAGCCGCACAGCCCACUCCCCCGACCUGCUACUCCAGGAUGCUCAGCCUGAGCCGGGAGAUCACCGCUGACUUCCAGAGCCUCCAGGCCACAGAGCCCUCGGACCUGUGUGUGAGAUACCUGCCCAGGCUGUACCUGGAUAUACACAAUUACUGUGUGUUGGCCAAGCUGCGGGACUUUGUGGCAUCGCCCCAGUGUUGGAAGGUGGCCCAGGUAGAUGCCUUGAAGGACAAAGUGCGGAAACUGUACACCAUCAUGAACUCGUUCUGCAGGAGAGACCUGGUGUUCCUGUCGGAUGACUGCAAUGCCCUGGAAUACCCAAUCCUAGUGACCACGGUCCUGCCAGAUCAUCAGAGCUAA